GAGCCAGGCCAAGCCUAAUUAGACCAUCCACCCACAGACAGAGGGACAGGACAGAUGGAUUUCUUCCUUAACCUUACACACACCGCAGCGCAACACCCUUGAAUAUCCUUCCAAGAUCCCUGUUAAGAUCCCUGUCCAGUCUGAGUGGGGAUUGGAAGCCUCAUCCUGAACGACUGGCCGCCUCUUCCCUCGAUCCUGGCUCACUAUUAAUCCUCCAUCCCAUCCGCAUCUCAUUCACCUUCUUUUCUUCGUCUCGUCGUCUGUCCUCGACUACUCGAUACUAUCCCACUUUUUUAAUCUUUCGCCUGUGGCAAGCCGUUUUCACUUGUCCUCCCUCAACCAUUCAAUAAGCUCGCCUCGCUCCAGUUCUAUUCUCCAACGUCCAAAACCCGCCCGCCUUACUUACACCAGAACAUCUCAUCGUAUCAAGGCUAUUACGUCUUCGAAUAUCUCGCCUCGCCUCGCCAGAAACCAAAAAAAAAAAAAAACACUAUCGCAACAUCUACUAUUCAGUUCAGAAGAAUGAAUUUAGAAAACGCCAAUACUGUUCAGGAGCUACAACGUCAGCUAGAAGCCGCCAACGCGCGGAAUUCACAGCUCGAGCAGUUCGUGCAAAGUCAGUUCAGAGGAGAUCCUACAGUCUUAAAUCAAGUCGCACAAAAUUUGUCUCUGGCUCAGCCCGGUUUCCAAAUCCCUAGCCAUGGCCUCUCAAGUGCACGAAGUAGUGGUCUCUCUCGUAGCAAGUCUACAAUUACAUAUCCCACCCAAGUAAAGUCCGCCAUCACGGAACGACAUAAUGGCCUUCAGGCUCAUAAGCGUGAGAGGAGAGCUUUCUCUCAACAGUCUGGCUCCGCUCUCCCCAUGAGCCGCAGUGUCUCAAAUCGUUCUGAAUCUCACAUGCCUUUCUCACAGACCGGCAACAGGAUAGCUCCAUUAAGCGCUUCCAUGGAUCGAUUCAACUCUCCUCAAAAUGAAUCAAACAAUCUCCCUCUCGAGGGUGUUUCGGAUCGACUGCCCAGCGUCCAGGAGAACCAGCCUCUACUCAACAUCGGCAUGGACCCCGAUGAGUUUCUAAAACAGUGGCCAGAGACAGCUCAAGUCCCUCAACACUACGACGCAUCAUACUCUGGACUUCCAUAUAACAUGGUGCCCGACAACUCAUUCAACAACCUCUCGUCAAAUAUCCCGUCCAGCUAUCCCAUGUCCUCCGCUUGCCCGUCAAUGAUUUCUGGUCCCUCUGCUGCCGAGGCUGCUAGCCCUUUGACCCGCCAGAAUAGCUCUUUCGACAGCUAUGGCGUCGGUAUGGAGCGCCUAGAAUCAUCCCAGUCCCAAGCCGAUGCCCUCUUUGCUCCUGAUCUGUCUCCCAGCUCUGUCAACAUGUACCCCACUGGCAAGCAGUACAACUCUGAACAAGACCUCUUCGGUCUCGGCGCCAACCUCUCCGCUGUCAACAUGCAGUACACCGACUCCAACGGCAACAGCUUGAUGACAUCGCCAGAGUCCACCGACAUGGAGCGAUCUUGCUCCAACACCAGCAUGUCUAGUGUUCGAUCAAAUGCUUCCAACCUCGAGCGACGCGCUAAGGAAGCUCGUGAGCGUGUUCUUCACUCAGGCAAGACUAUCCAACUUGCCCCGAAGCCCAAGGAGGAGGUAGCCAAGGCUGAAGCUGUUGCCGCUGCCAACAAGGAGGCCAAGCUUCCUGUCAACAAGAGCAACUACCAGCGACCUAAGCAUCCCAAGGUCUACUGCACCCAGUGCACUGAGCAUCCCGAUGGCUUCCGAGGUGAUCAUGAGCUUCGCCGACACGUCAACGCCAAGCAUGAGGGCACUGUCAAGAAGUUUGUCUGCCGUGACCCUGCUACUGUCGGCAUUGAGAGCAACGUCAAAGCCGUCAACCCGUUGUCCAAGUGCAAGGCAUGCGUCUCUGGCAAGGAGUAUGGUGCUUACUACAACGCCGCUGCUCAUCUUCGACGCACCCAUUUCAAGCCCAAGACUCCCCGUGGCAAGAAGGGUGCUAACGGUGAUGAGAAGCGAGGCGGUAAGGGCGGUGGUGACUGGCCUCCCAUGAAUGAUCUCAAGGCUUGGUUCGUCGAGAAGAAGGUCAAAGUUGACCUGAAUGACUCUCCCAUGCCUGAGCAGGACGAUGUUGAUGAGAUGGGCGACGACAACAUGGACGGUUCUGGCAUGCCUCCUCAGAUGGACAUGUUCCAGGGCAUUGGUAGCAGCAUGGCACCCUUCAACAUGGAGACUGGCUAUGAUCUUGCCGUCGACGGCGCUGCUGACCCUGCCAUGAUGGCUAGUGUCAAUGGCGAACUUGGCAUUCCCGCUCCCAUCUCAUCUGCCUCUGGUAACUUUGGUUACUCCCCCUUCAACGGGUCUCCCAUUGGCCUUACUGACAACUAUGCCUUCUCCGAGCAUGCCACUUCGGCCUACGGCUCCAAUCUCUCAUCUACCAACACCAUCACCCCUGCCAACUUUCAGGACAUGUCUCACAUGAGUAUGACUGACAAUGCCCUCUGGGCAGCUUGAAUCUUUGGAGCAUGAGCAACGAUGAUGAAGGUCGACUUCUUGCAUCGCUGUUGUCCCUGCUCCACCGGUUGACGUGCUCUACCGAUAUCGAUCUCAAAGUCGAGUCGUUUCUUAGCACCUCGCGCCACAAGGGAUGAGGGUUGCAUAAAGAAGAACCCCCCCCCCAAAAAAAAAAAAUCCACGCGUCCGAGCCCGAGCCCAAGAUGAGUCGAUACGAUAAUGGCUCAUCAGACUCUUACCUCCACUCGGUGUGCUGUUCUGGUGAACACGCACAAAUAUUUCCAUAGCAAGGAUCCUCUUGCUUAUGUUUCGACUUGCCUUCUCACACAUAAUGAUUUUCAGGAGAGCCCACUUUAUGAUUGCUGUUUCUUUUCUUUUUUUUCUUUCGACUUUUUACUCUUUUCUUCAACUUCCUUUUUCUUUACCGUCACGGCGUCGAUGUUUACAACCUUUUCUCUGGUUUAUUUUCAGCGAGUCCCUUGGCAGACUAAACUGGUGGAUACGUUUCAAACUUGGCUGUGUCCCUAGAUGGGCGGCCAAACGAGGUUCGACCGCUUGAGCGGUGCGACACCUAUACGUUUAUUCUCGACGCGAUCGAAAGUGCUUCGUCGCGUGGCUACGAUACAUACUGGACCGGGUACGGUAACUGGUGGGGGAUUUUCCCAGGAGAGGAAAAAGAGGAGUCGGUUGCAUUUUUAUCACUUUUUCUAUCCUGUACAUGACAAAGGAUGGGGAGCUUCCGAGCAUGGCGUUUUCAUCGGGAAUUGCUAGCGCUCAGCGUUGCGUUCUUGGGUUCUUAGAAGGGUUGGGAAAUGGUGUUCAGGGAGAUAACUAUAGCUAUUAUUGGGGUUUUUGUAGAAUCUAAAGGGCACGCUGGGAAAUGCCGGGCUUGUCGUUCCGUUCGGUUGGAACAUUACUGAGCGGUUGGAUGGAUUAGUACCGUUUGCCUACGGAUAGGAGAACCUCGGCUGGCUUCAAGGCGUAGGAGUCGGAGUCAGUAAUAGACCGUGCUGGAAAUGCACGCUUUUAUCCCUGAAUAUUCUCUCAACUGCGAAGCCUCUUGUGACUUGACUGAAGCACAUGGUUCAUGCCUUUGUAUUUGUGUUCGUAGACGCGUAGUGCCUCACGGCAUCUCAUGGGUAUCUUAAAUCCUCCAACUCAUGUCUUCUUAACCUUAUCAGUCCACUCCUUCGCUCCCUUGACACCCUCAUGUCCUCUCCUAAACAACCCCCUCUCCCACUCCUCCAGUCCCCUCAAAAACUCCUCCCCAUUCCCCCCCACCGCCUC